CCACCCGUACGUCGACAUCAACUCUUCUUUGCCCUGUUAGUCUUUGCGUCCUUCUUCCUCCCUCCCAACCUUUCCCCUACGUUUCAUUUUCAUUCAGAAACCCUAGAACCUUCGUCGCCAUGGAGGAUUCUCAUCGGUUAUCUGUUCAUCGAUUUCUCGGCGGUGGCUUAGUUGCUGAUACACUGUUGUGGAAGAAACCAUUUGGAGGGAUUGUUUUGCUAGCUUCGGCAACAGCUUUGUGGUUACUCUUUGAACUAGGCGGUUAUAAUCUCUUAUCUUUUAUUUCUAAUGUGUUGCUCCUUCUCAUCUCAAUUCUCUUCCUCUGGGGCAAAUCUGCUUCCCUUCUCAAUAGGCCUCUGCCUCCCAUCCCUGAUCUGGAAAUUUCAGAUCAGUCUGUUGCAAAGGCUGCUGAUGCAAUGCGAGCUUGGAUCAAUUAUGCAUUGUCAAUUGCACAUGAUGUUGCUGUGGGUAGGAAUUUGAAAUUUUUCGUUCAGGUUGCUUUUGUGUUGUUGGUGGUAUCUUUCAUUGGUAAUCUCUUCAACUUUCUCACUCUCAUCUAUAUUGGGGUUCUUCUCAGUUUGUCUGUGCCUGUGCUUUAUGACAAGUACCAAGACCACAUUGAUGAAAAGUUGUGCCAAACACAUAGAGUUUUUCAGACACAAUACAGGAAAAUUGAAGAUAACCUCCGUAAAAGGAUUCCAUUGCCCCAACAGAAGGAAAAGAAGAUUCAGUAGGCAAGUCUGCUUCUCUUGCUCUGUGACUAUUUUUUCGUGAAACUGAAUUUCAUUGCAUUGGAUUUGGGGGCUUGAAACUUUUCUGAUUCUUUUUAGUGCGACACUUUCAAUCACCAAAUUGCAAUUAAUAUGAUGAUCUUUUAGGAGUUGGGCUAACCUCAUUAGCUUUUCACGGUUGGGAAAACAUGCAAUUUUUUUUUUGUCUGCCUUCCUGUUUAGGAUUUAAUAUUCUUGGUAUGCAAUUCUUGAAAUCUUGUAAUUACGUUGUGGUUUCCGGUUGAACGAAAUCUUUUAUUUGGCGAAGAGGGAAAUUUGUUUUUGGAAA